UCCUAAAAACCCCUCUACAUUAUUUGUCUCCAUGGAGAAGGAAAAUAAUGUAAAAAGAGAUAUGAUUACUUCAAUUGGAAAUGGAAAUUCCACUACAUUUCUCAUGAAUAAUCAAAUAAGCUCCAACACAAUGUUUGAUAUUGAAAAAGAUUAUUCAUUAAGUUAUUUAUUAGAAUCUAUGUUUGGUGUUGAUGAACAUCAAGAUUGUGAUUUACUAAUGAUUCCAUCUCAUCAUCAACUGCAGCAGCAACAACAACAUCGUAUUAUUACUUGUUCAUCACCUCCAGAAUCAUCAUCAAUAUCUGAUCAUCACUUCAUUAAUUUCCCAGUGACUCCCAAAACAGUAAACAAACAGCAAGAUCAUGAAGACAAGUAUAAGAAACAGUUAAAACCUAAUAAGAAUAACCAAAAGGGGAAAAGAGAGCCAAGAUUUGCAUUCAUGACAAAGAGUGAAAUUGAUCACCUGGAUGAUGGUUUUAGAUGGAGGAAAUAUGGCCAAAAAGCAGUAAAAGACAGCCCCUUUCCAAGGAGCUACUAUCGUUGCACAACAACAUCAUGUGGUGUGAAGAAGAGAGUGGAAAGAUCAAUUCAAGAUCCUUCAAUAGUUGUUACAACUUAUGAAGGUGUACACACACAUCCGUGCCCCGUAAUGCCUCGCGGGUGGGUCGGAGUUCAGCCGGUAACCACCACCUAUGGUGGUGCCGUUGGCGGUGGAGGAAGAAGUUAUUAUGGUGAUUCCCCUUCCUUAUUUUCAACUAAUCAAGAAAGAAAGUUUUGGAAUUCUUCUAAUUCCUCUUUGGCUAAAUAUGAUCAUGGACUUCUUUAAGAUAUGGUGUCAUCAAAUAUGAGAAGAGAUCGAUCUUAUAGAAGAGUAGGAAAAGAGAGAGAUUUAUAUAGUCGAUCUCAAUUUAUUUGAGACUGAAUUGCAUAGUAAUUGUUGUUGUAUAAUGACUAGUUUUUAGCUUAAUUAAUGGUAGCAAGUUCUUUUAUUAAAUGGUGUUAUUUUUUCAUGUUGAGAAUUCUUUGUAGUUUUCGAAGAUUUUGGUUUUUGUA